GCAUCUUUUAGAAGUUAGUUACAACUUAUUCACUCGGAGUCUAACACGCAAUAAUUGGGUCGUAAAAGAACUUCACGAGAAAAGUUGCGAAAAAUAUUUACAACCUUUUUUUUCUUACUUUUUUUUUGUGUGCUUCUGCACUUUUUAUUUUUUAUGUUUCUUUGGAAAUAUAAACUGUGCUUACUUUCUCAACGGAUAAAAUUCUCACUGCAAUUUUGAGACAGGUUAAUAAACUUUAGCGGAGAUAAGGGAUACUCAUUAUUAAGUAAAGAAGUCCUGAGGAGUGAAGGAAAAAAAUAUAACCUGAAAAUGAUAGAAAAUGAUAAGCAAAAGAUCAUAGUAAAAGAGGAAGUUUUCAUAUUACGCUAAUUUCUGCCAAAAGAAAAAAACCCGAAAAGAUUCCAGUUGAUUAAGAGUUCAAAGGAAAUACUUCUCAAGAAAACACAAAAAUUAAAAAAAAAAAAUCUAUGGAAAUACCUGAAAAUGAAAUUAAAAAAAAGACUAAAUAAUUUAUUAAAACAGGCCUGUCCAAAAAAAUUUUUUUUAAUGAUUUAAUUAUUCUUUCUGAUGCAGAACUUGACUUAUAUGAAACAUUUAAAAUGUCAGAAACAGUAUUCAACUUAUUUUACAGAACGUGUGUGCACAGCAGAAAACCAAUAUUCAUUUUUCUCAAUAGACAUAAAUGCCUCCUUUGUUUUUAAAGAAAUGAAGAUUGCUUGAUAACAUUGCUUUCACUUUUAAUAGUGCUUCAUAGACUCUUCCAAAACGUCAUUCGCUACAGGCAAAUGAGUAAAUAAAUAAAUAAAAUAAAAUAAAUAAAUAAAAAUAAAAGAAAAAUUUUAUUUCAAUGUAAGAAUACGUGUUAUUUCAUAUAAGAACGCCUUCUAAAAUAAUUUACUUUACAUUAUUGAUGGAAUCUAAAAUAUGCUACAAACUUUUUAAAGAUAUUUCCCAGAGCCUGAAUUUCUUUUUUCCAUGAUAUCAUCAAAUUAUAUUUUUUCAGGAUGUAAAGAUUUUUUUCAUUUUGCUCUACCAAUUUUGUGAAGAAAUUCUAAAUAAUUUUUCCUUGUCACGCAACAACGUUACUGAAACAUCUGAUAAUUGAAUUUCAUGCUCAUAUUUAUUACUUCAUCAAGCCGGAAGAAAUAUCAUUACAAUAGCCAUCUAACCUGAACAAGCAAUUAAAUGCUGAUCAAGAAUAUCAUCAAUACAAUUCUUUAAUAAUGUGUUCAUAAUAUCUUUUGUGAUAUAAGUUAGUAGCAGAAAGAUUCUCGGUCACUAAUGAAUGAUUUAAUGGUAAUAAGAAAUUACGUAAUCCAUUUCUGAUCAUGAAACAAAAAAUACAUUUUUUCUUAAAAGGAAGACGUUUUGUAACUAAAUAUUACGUGCACUAAGUUGUAUUAAUUUCCAAUUGAAUUUAUUUGUUAUCUAAUAUCUCUUCAGGAGAAAAGAAGGUGAUCUAAAAGGUAAUUAAUUACUAAAAUUUGGAAGUAUUUUUCGCAUUAAACUAUAAAAAAAGAAAAUAUCUUACAUAAAAAGCUAGUUUUGAACUGAAAAGUUCUAAAAAUACUUUUAAAAAUUUUUCAAAGCUUGAAAAUAAAGUUGAAAAAUGGUAGCAAUAAAUUUAGAUUGGAAUUAAGAAAGUCAGAAAGAAAAACAAAAGAGAAGUUAGAAAAAAUAUUUUAUUACAUGUCUCAUCAUGUGCUGUGCUUGAAUAGAAAAAUGAAAAAUGUGAAAAAAAAUGCAGAAAAAAAUUACAUACAAAAAAUAUAAUCAAAUAAACAAGCAAACAUUAUCGAGAUUUAAAUAACACUUGUUGAAGUAAACAGCUUACGUAUUAUAUUUAUUUCUAGCAGCUCCGAUGAUGUGUAAAUAUAAUAUGACGAAAUAGGAAGAGGUUUUAGAAAAUAACUUCCAGGCACAUAAUGAUGACUUACUUUUAACGAAUGGAACUAGGUAUUUAAGUAAAAUGUUUUCCGUUGUUAUUCGAGAACUUUCAAGAGCUUUUUAAUAUAUGAAGAGUGUAAAGUCACAAAUCAUUUAAGCCAAACAAUAAAUAAUACAACAAACUAGUGACUUGAAAGUGUAGCAAGUCACUUACCCUGUAAUGGAAGCAUCAAAACUAUUGCUCAACUUCGAUUCAUAUUUCUUCGAUCGUUUCAAUCCACUAUAGAAAAACAGCAAUGUCCUAUUUCAAGGCAGUCAGGCACUUCUUCCAAAAAUCCUUCAUUCUGCCUCCAACAUGAAGAACCGAAAAACAACUGUCAUCACAAGUACAAUUUGGAUGGUGGUUGCAGCUGCAGCAAUAAUGAUACCUCCUUCUUCAGAGGAUUCCAUCAACUACUUCCCAAACUCGUCUCUCUACGAGACAUCGAACUUUCUGGAACAGUUCCACAACGUCACUGUCUAUCCAGAGGGUGCCGUGUGGAAUGCUGAACUUAUCCAGAGGGUGGUGACGUUAGCCAUCAUCAUGGUGGUGACACUCGUAGGAAACACCAUCAUUGUCCUUGUGUUGUCUCGCUCGAGAUACCGCAAGCGAUCGUCUAGAGUCAAUAUCUUUAUCCUCAACUUAGCGAUUGGUGACUUGGCAGUUUGUCUGAUAACAAUGACGUCAGAGCUGUUAUUUGAGGUUUUUGGUGAAUGGGUCCUCGGUGCAGUAGCCUGCAAAGCCAUUGUUUAUGCUCAAAUCGUGACCUUAGCCAGUACGACUUUCAUAUUGACUACUAUGAGUUACGACAGAUACCUGGCCAUCUGCUCUCCCCUCCGGACGACUGCAGGAGUAAAACAAGCCAAGAAAAUGAUUGCUGCGUCCUGGCUUCUUGCCUUUGUGUUCGCUGUUCCUCAGAUAUUCAUUUUCGUUCAAAGAGAAAAUGGUAUCACCGAGACAGGCCGCAUUCGUUAUGAGUGCGUUAGUCGAGGUUACACAGCAAUAUGGCAAAGGAAAGUCUACUUCAUGUGGCUUACUUUUUACAUCUUAAUCAUUCCUGCCGGAUGCAUCAGUUACUGCUACAUCAACGUGCUCAGGACAGUCUGGGCUGCUGGACAAGAAAAUAGCCGGACUUCCACCAAGUCUUCCAGCAGUAGAGCCAGCGGAGGUGCUGACAAUGGCCAUUCGACGAUUCGUCUUCGCAGGUCCUUCAACGCCGCGUCCACCAUCCCCAGGGCGAAGAUAAAGACAUUGAAGCUCACAGUCUGCAUCAUAGCUAGUUUCAUCAUAUGCUGGACUCCCUAUUUCAUUGUACAUAAUAUCAGAAUAUUUAGUAACUACACAAUAAAAGUCCCCAGGACAGUUAUCAUUGGAGCUGAAACCUUCGCUCUUCUCAACAGUGCUCUCAAUCCUAUAUUUUAUGGGUAUUUCAACGUACGCGUCCGUAAAGGUUUCAUAGAAAUAGUGUACAGGAAAAAAGACUUAACAAGGGACAGGAUCUGUAAUGGCAUGUCCGGCGACACUUCCUAUAGCAGCACAAUUCUUCAGCACAUGGAGAACAGGGCACCAACAACUCAACUAGUUUAUGAAAUGUCUGAAUAUUCCAACAGAAGUCCGAAUGGAAGCCCAUGUUACAGAACGAGGCGAAGCGCAAGAUCAAUGAAACGCAGGGGUCAGAACAAUGCAGCAAGGUUAUGACGCCAAGGGUGUUAUUGUGAAGGCUGUCACAAUGAUGUUGCUCUUUGAAAAGCCAACUAGAAUGAAACGAAAGGUUGCUGUAAGAUUAGUGGCCAACGGGUGUUGUGUCAAAGACUACUCUUCCACUGUCGCGUUUCAAGAUUUUAAUGACGGAAGAUCAGGAAAUGAAUUCUGAGAAGCUACAGCAACACUGUCGCAAGGCUGUUCCGUUGCUAAUGUUGUUUUGUAAGCGGUAGGCUACAGUGCUGCCGUUUGAAAUUCAGCUUUAGAAUGAAAACAAUUGUCAGGUAAAGUAAAGGUAUUUGUCAGAACAACAUUGAUGAAAAUCUGUGUGGAAACGGUGGCUAAUGUGAAAGAAGUGUCAGAAUAUUUUCUUCACGUUUCAGAAGUAAACUUCGGAAUGGAACAAAGUUAGAAAUAAAAAUGUUCUUUGUGACGUCAUAUCUCGAACAUGGAUGGACAUAGUAAAAAAGAAAAAGAAAUGUUUUUGAAAUGUGAUGGUUCUAAGGGCGUUAUGAGAUGGUUGUCACAUCCAAGUUUGCCUUUGAGAAAAUGUUUCUGAAAUAAGACAAGUGAAAGGUCAAUAAAGCAAUGAGUAAACCUUGAUCAAGUUUUAUGACGCCCACUUUGCUGUUUUAAACAUAGUCAUUUUGAUGGUUUGUUCCGAAAUAUCAAAUUCAGUAAUGUUGUCGAUUUUUCAGUGAGAUUCAGUAACGAAAACGCGCAUCUGAUAGCCAAAUAACUUUGUACACUUUUCAAGAAGUUGAAGUAGCUGUGUUACAUAGAACGCAAAGGAAAGUUUGCGGUUUUCUUGAUCAUCGUGAACUAAAGCUUACUUUACUGUGUUAAUGGUUAAGCCAAAAUAAGCUUAAAAACUCAUUACAUCAGCAAAAAAGUUACUUGUACCGUCAACUGAGGUAACUUUGGACUUUGCGGGUAACAUUAGUCCAACAAACGAGAAGAGAUUGUCGAAACUGAAUCAGACAUAUGAAAGUGGUUAUACCUUAUUCAGUUCAAAAGACUAAUUAGCACUGGCUUUACUUAACCAUUAUUGGUAAUACUAAUUGACUUUUCGUUUGUUGGGUUAAUGUUUCCUGCAAAGGAUUUAGUUACCCCAUUUGACGGUACUCAGUUUUGGUUACCUAUGUGCAUUCCAGCUACUGAGCUUGUUGGUGAAGCUGGUUUUAAAACUGAUCUAACCACAACAGAAUCGCACAAAAUUGUUUUCUUGAAAAACAACGGGAGCAAAUUUCAAUAUCUGCCAAUAAGGUGCCAUGAAUUUCUGAUGUAAAUACGGUUUUCAAUUUCUUAUUUAUCUGCUAGGUGCUAGACGCUGUCUCUAUUUGUUUAUGAAAGUCCUGAUCGCUACGGGGAUAAAUUGAAGUAUUUCUGUCCAUGUUGUCCUAUUAAUGCUCUAAAAAUUAGGGGGUGGGAAUGUAAAAAAAAAAUCUGAUCUAAUAAAAUACGAUAGCUUCAUACACAUAGACCAGAAAUCACAGUAAUAUAUAUAGAAAAAGAAAAGAUUGCAGUUUUACAAUGAAAAAAGUCAAAUCUCAACUCGUAUACGAGUUAACUUCUUGAAAGCAUCUUGAACCAAACCAUUGCGGUGUAUACAACAUUGUACAAAAGCAAAGAACUGACUAAAGAUUCAAUAACAACAUUGGACAGAAAAAUAGGUGUUGUUUAUAGAAAAAUAGUUCGUUUGAUGAAUUUUAUUUUGAGGUUACUAGUUGAAUUCCAUAUACUUCAAACAAGAAAACCGAAACUGCGAAAUUUGAAUAGUGUAAAAAAAAAAAGGAACCAAGUGCUCAGAUCAAAACAUCACGUAAUAUACGCUCAAUUUUGUACAUAGUACCUUCCAAUGUUUUUAUGUGUAAAGUGUUUGAUUCAAACUAUAUAUGGAGAUAUAUUCUGAAAAUCCAACGAAUCUCAUGUAGAUGUUUAACAGUAUGAAAAAGGGUGUAAAUUAAAUGUAAUAUAUUUAUUGCGCACUUAAGAAGUGUGACCUGUUUAUAGGUAGAGUUUAUAAUACAUUUUCAUGCGUAGGAUUUUAUUAUAAUUUUCAUCAUUACCUAGAGCUUCAACAAUAAAACUGUUUAUUACGUGUUAAUGAAAAGUGUUGUGAAAUUCUAUUGUUGUCCUCUAAUAAG